AUGGUCACUUUCUUCGAUGAUUUACCGGAUCUAUCAUUGCUCGAAAUAUUUUCAUAUCUAUCCUGUGUAGAUGCUUUAUGGACAUUCAGUAAAAUCAAUACUCGUCUGACAAGAUUAUUAUUUGAACGAGGUUUCUAUCGUCAUGUUGAUUUAUCAUUUACUCGAUAUUAUAAAUUCCAAAAACUUUUAUCUUUACUUCAAUUAAAUGAAAUACAAUCACUUGUCAUUGACUCUUAUGCAUCACCUCUUCAACUGAAUAAAUGGCCUUAUUUACCUUAUUUAAAAAAAUUACGAGUCAAGGGUAUAUGCGAUUACUUCGAUAUUUGCCAUUUUGUAUUACAACACGCUAAAUCAUUGACUCAUCUUACAGUUGAAUCAAGCUUAUAUUAUCGUAGAAUUGGUGUGACAAACCAAAAACAGCUUGUGUCAUGGGGUUUAGAAUGUUUAGAAGAUUUGAUGAAGAAAAUUCUUCGAGGUCUGCGUGCUCUUCGUUCACUUGAUUUCGGAAUGGAAUCAUCUUUUUUCCUACCUUUUUGGUCGUUAGAAGAGAUAAAAACACCUCUGACAUAUCUUCGUAUUACCACAUCAGCAAUAAUCAUUAUAAUUCAUCUUAUGUUAACGCAACCAUUACGACAUACAUUACAGCAAUUUCAUGUAAAAUUGAACGACAUACACAGUGAUCCAUAUCUUGAUAUAUCUGCUGCAAAACUUUUAUCUCGAAUGGAAGCCUUGCAUACAUUUACUUUUGUCAAAUCAUUCAAUUGGCACUUCACAAAAGAAUGGACAUUUCUUGAUAUUUUGACUUCCAGUGUUAUGCCAAUUUUACGACGAGUAAAUUUUGCUAUAGUUAUUAAUACUGAUGAUCUUAUUCGAAUGAAUCAUUCAGCACUUUUCACUGAUUAUCGACAUGUUGAUGUUCAUUAUGCAUUCGUUAUCAAUGAUGAUCGACUACAUGGUAAACUUAGUAAAUAUGUACCAUGUAGUAGUCAAUCUCUUCCACGGCAAAUAGCUAGUGCAACAUUCAUUUCAGAAUGUUGGCCUGAUAAUCAACUAUUCAUAACUCCUAGCGAACAAUAUUGGAAACAAUCUAAAGAUCGACAACAUCUAUUCUAUACUUUGCCGUGGAUCUUUAAUGAAUUCUUUGAAUUAUGUGUUCCAGAUAGAUGUAUUAAUGACUUACAAGUAUUUACAUCAUUUUCUUCGGCUAAUACAAUUGGUUUUUCUCGUCUUGUUAAAUUGAAUAUGUCAGACAAUAUUUCAUCGUCUGCUGCUUUUCUUUCUCAUGUAAUGUUUUCGAAUCAAAUAGUCGAACUUCAUUUAUUUCGAUGUGAUAGACAAAUUUCUCUCAAUUUACCAAUGGUUACUCAUCUUACUCUUAUAGACAGUCUUGAUGCAUUAAAUAGUCGUUCACUUUCAACAAAUAUUCGAUCUAUUCAUAUUAUUCUUCAUCAUGAAUGUCUUGAUUUUGCAAGUGGCGAUUGGACAGCUUUACGUACACUUUCAACUUUACCACUGUCAAACUCAUUACGUGUGCUUUUGUAUAAUAUGCUUAAUCCACCAGAUGAUACAAGUUGCAAAGUUAUUGCUGAAACAGCUUUGAUAGUCGCGGACUUUGGCUUGUGCUUUCGGCGUUAUCAUUAUCAUUAUGUUAAACUUAAUUAUGACAUUGAUUUAGUUUAUACGAAACACUCUUUAUUCAUAGAACGUCUAAGAAAUUGUAUUGUUACUUUGUCACAAAAUGAAGAGCUAUAUAUCGUUAUUGAUGAGGAUGGUUGUGGAAUUUUCAUAUGGUUUUGA